AUGUCUGCUUCCGCCCUCUUCCGCCGCGCCGCCGUCGCCCCGCGCAUGGCCUCCGCCGCCCGCGCAUUCAGCACCACCCCGUCCAACAACGUCGCCCGCAUCACCAUCGUCGGCAACCUCGCCGACGCCCCCGAGGUCGUCCCAACCAGCACCGGCCGCGAGAUUAUCAGAUACGCCGUCGCCAGCAACAGCGGGCCCAAGGAUAACCGCCAGACCAGCUGGUUCCGUGUCACGAGCUUUGAGGCUGAGGGUCCCCGUCGGGAUUUCCUUCAGAGCUUGCCCAAGGGCACUCUGGUCUACGUCGAGGGCGAAGCUGCCAUGCGCGCCUACCAAGAUGCCGAGGGCAAGAACCGCAGCUCCCUGAGCAUUAUCCAGCGCUCUAUCGAGGUCCUCAAGCGUCCUUACACCGGCAACAACGGCGGCGAGGCCAGCGAGUAA